AUGACAUUAUCCACUUGUGACUUCUAUUUUGCUUUUGGCCCAGAGCCAGGUAGCUUCGUUCUUGACACCCCGAGAACCGUUAGACACUCGAAGGCCCCUUAUCGCAUAGAAAAGGCUCUGAGAGAAGUCAAAAAGGUGUACUGGGCUGUUUGGAACGAGAAGGGGCAUGCUUCCUUUUCACUCUGCACAUCCCGCGGCGUAUCAGAAUGGAUUUCCGAUGGCCUUGACUCGGACAAUCCAGAACUCGCAGCAAUCCUCCAAUACUGGCUUCGCAGGCUGAACCCUGAAGAAGUCUCGUUGACUCUUGGCCCCGGAGAUGCAUAUGUGAUGUGCUUACCGACAAAGAACAAGGUGUUCUAUAAUGGUCUCAAUAAGAAUCUGGCCACGAGCCUGUGUGGCAUUGACAAUGUUCAGCAUGUUGCCCUUGGCAUCGGGGGAGAUUUUGUGAUUGUUUCUGAUGGUCGUGUUGAGUCGAAGGCGCUGGAUAACUAUCCAGAGCUUCGUAGAAUCCUUGCAGAAAGGAGCUAUUGCAAAGUACUCUAUAUUACUCUUAACCCAUGGAGGCCAGAGCAAUAUUUCGUCGUGUUAUCAGAUGGAACUGUGUAUUUCAAGGUUGACUACAGCGUGGAUGCUGCCAUCAGACCAGUCCUUCAGGAUGUUUUAGGGACAAUCGACUUUGAUUCGGUCAGCGACGGUGAUAGCCUUUAUUCGAAGGCAUCAUUGGCAUCGUCUACAAACAAGGCACGAGAGAUGCAGUGGCAGGAACAUAACGAAAUCCGAGAAAUUCCGCCCAUGUAUGAUGAUAUGAGGCAGAGAGAAGGGAGGGGUCGCCGCUGGGGUCGCCGGGCUGUACGGGUUGCACAGGCAGCGGCAGCAACAGGUGUAGUCAUCGCAGCCACUGCAACCGGUGUCCCUAUUGGAAUCGAGGAAGAUUGUAUUGUUAUGGUCAAGAUGAUUUCGCUGUGA